AUGGGCAGAGGAGGUGGAGCGCAGAGGGCAGAGGGCAGAGGUGGAGGAGGCUGGAAACCAGUGCUAAGGAAGAGAUGGAGAGGUGGAGCGCAGAGGGCAUCAAUCAUGAGUGGAUUAGUCACGAUAUUUGUCGAUGAUAUCCCGGAGAUGAUGAGUCCACAGGGUCUGUUCAAACUUUUCAGCAAGUUUGGUGUGGUAAAAGAUGUUUUCAUUCCAGCAAAGAGAAGGUUAGUGACGGGUUCAAGAUUUGGCUUUGUGCGGUACAACUGUCCUAUCUUGGUUGAACUGGCAGUUCAAAAGACCAAUGGAGUCUGGUGCGAGGAAACGAGACUGAAAGUGAAGAUGGCGGAAUACAACAAAAUGGUGCAGAGGGAGAAAGGGAAGGAGGAGCCAUCUUUGGUACUUGGGAAGGAAAAGUGGCAUGAGCAGCCAAGGAAGGAAGGUAGGGGACAAAAAUCAUACGUUGAAGUAGUAGCAGGAAAAACGGAUUUGGGGUCAGAUGCUAUAACAGUUAUGGUCAAAGAAGAAGGAAAUGGGUGGUUGGGAGACAGUGUGAUUGUGAAGCUUAAAACAUUUUUCUCAUUCCAUGACUUUAAGGAGGAGGUUAAUAGAAGAGGAAUGAAGGAGGUCCUUGUUCGUGAAGGAAGUGGAAGACUAGCAGUAUUUUCAAUUAGUUCAGUACGUGCACUUCAGGAGGGGAAUGUAAGCUUACAAGAUUGGGUGUAUGAGUGGUGCGAUUCAGUUUCAGAAUGGAGAAGUGGAUUUUAUGAAGAUCAGGAGAGAUGCGUUUGGAUUUACUGUUUUGGUGUUCCAUUAAAUUUAUGGAAUGUGAAUACAUUCAAAAGUAUUGGCAGAGUAUGGGGUGAAGUUGUGCAUCUAGAUGAUGACACCACAAGGACGAACUCUUUCCAGUAUGGGAGAGUUAGAGUGGUUACAAAGUCCAUGGAGAAUAUUAACAAAGUCAUAUAUCUGGGUUGCGAUGGAAGCUUGGUUCCAGUGAGGGUUUGUGAGGCAAUGGAAAUUCCAAUGCCUGACCUGAGUUGCAGUAGUAUUAGCAUAAACACUAAGAAGGACACCACUGAGGAGGUGGACCAGUUUUCCAGCAACGGAGUCUUUCGGAGAGGAGGUUGUUCGGGGGGGGAGGCAAGGGUGUACGGCGAAGUGGGUGUGGCAGAACAGGUGGCCUGCGAGGUGGAGAAGAGCAUUGGGGAUCUGAAUGAUGAAGGAGAAUGUAAUGAUAGUAUGUUGGAAUCAGUGGUAAAGAAUACUGACAUGGAGUUGGGAGUUCCAACGGCUGGUGGCUGCAGUAAAGAGCUGGAAGUGGAGGGGGGCCAAAUUCAUGGGUGGAAAAGAGGGGCAGUAUGCGCGGGCUAG